AUGAGGAUGAUUUGCGAGAAGAGGAGCUCUGAGCUCGAUCGAGCUGAGUCUCGAGCUGAGGAUCAAGUCCAGGAGAGUGCGGAUUUGGGUGAGCCUGAGUGCUAUUACUUUGAGGAGUAUGAGGCUCCAAGGAUGAACCCCUCUGUUGUGGCUGCCCACAAGAGGAUUGGACUUCUCCAAAAGUUCAACAAAUGGCAAGGGAAAGCCAUUGAGAAGAUGCAAAAGUCCAUGGACAAGAUGGUGAGCAAGAUCAAAAGUUUGGAGAAGAAGUUUCUGGUUCUUCAAGCAAGAAGAAGAAGGCCCAUGGCCCCACAUUCCUUAGGAGUAGAUCACUCCUCACCACCCAAGGAGGCUCCCUGCCCAAGAGCCUCACAGAGCCUCUUCUUUCGAGCCAAGGGAGGGAGAAGACAACACAGAGAAGGAGGAAGAGCUCUAAGGCCAGACGCUCCAGCUCGACCACCGGACUCGAUCGAGUCCAAACAGAGGAAACUCAACUCGAUCGAGCUGACGGUCGAGUUGGUGGAGGAGCCCCAGUUUGAGGAUCCGGAUUUGAAUACGAUCCAACGCCUUACCAGGAGACCCCAGUAG